AACACAUGUCACACGCUGGAGCUCAACUCUGUCCGUGGAUAUCUUAAAAAAUGCCACACCAAGGCUAGGAUUAUCUCAUAUUUUUCUUAUAAUUUAUGUGCCCAUCUGUUUGGAUUUACCUUUUAAAGGACUCUGCUGCUCUCGUGUUACAGCGGACACGUAAAGAACAAUGAAACGGCAAGUACUGCUAAUCUCCAUCUUCUGCUUCGGCUGUGUGAUCGGUCAGGUCAGCUACUCAAUUCCCGAGGAAAUGACAAAAGGCUCCUUGGUCGGAAACAUUGCACAGGAUUUAGGUUUAGAUCUGAAACGUUUCAAGGCAGGAAAAGCUCGCCUUUAUACGGGAGACAGCGCUCAGUUCAUCGAGCUGAACAAAGAAAGGGGAGUGCUCCUCAUAAAAGAAAAAAUAGACCGCGAAGCCCUCUGCAGACAUACGACCCCUUGUGCUUUACAUUUUCAAAUCACUUUGGAGAACCCACUGGAAUUAUUCCCAGUAACAGUUGAAAUUACCGACAUUAACGAUAAUGCUCCAGUUUUCCAAAAAGAUGAGAGGAUUUUUGAAAUAAGCGAGUCCGCAGCUGUCGGCUCAAAGUUCAUGCUAGAGAAAGCGAUUGAUCCUGAUAUCGGUAAAAAUGGUCUUCAGAGAUACACGCUUAACCCCACUGAUAAUUUUAUUCUUAAAUCCCAUCCUCAAUCUGAUGGAAGCAAAAAAGUAGAAAUGAUUUUACAGAAGCAACUGGACCGAGAGAAACAAGAACAUACAUCCUUAAUUUUGACAGCGGAGGAUGGAGGAGAACCACAAAUGACAGGGACAAUGCAGAUUCACGUUACCGUUCUAGAUGUAAAUGACAACGCACCUGUUUUUAGUCAAGCUAUCUACAAAGCGGCCAUUACUGAAAACUCUGAAAAAGGAACGCUUGUUAUUAAGGUGGCUGCCUCUGAUGCAGACAGUGGAGUAAAUGGAAAUGUGACAUAUGUUGUAGGAAACAGCAUGGACCCGGUUUCAAAAUUAUUUUACAUUACUCGUAAUGGUGACGUCAUACUGGACGGACCAAUAGACUAUGAAAGAGAAAAAAUAUUUCACCUCGACAUAGAAGCGAUCGAUCAAGGUGGACUUUCUGAUUCGAGUAAGAUAAUAAUUGAUGUAAGUGACGUAAACGACAAUAGCCCAUCUGUAAAUAUGAUAUCAACCUCAGACUCAGUACCUGAAAAUUCAGCAGUAAACACUGUAAUAGCUUUAAUGAGUGUAAAUGACCCAGACUCUGAAAAUAAGGGUAAGGUUAACUGUUUUAUAAAUGAAAACUCGCCUUUCAAUAUUAAAUUUACAUCCAAUUAAUUUCUAUAGUUUAGUGACAGACAAUGAAUUAGACAGAGAAAAGGCUUCUACAUAUCAUAUAACAGUGACCUGCUCUGAUGAAGGAGUCCCCUCCCUCUCCAGCAGCGUCACUCUCACCUUACAGAUCUCUGAUGUGAAU